AGACAUUUGUGUACACGUAUUAUACGGUUGCAUGGGCUGGACCGAAGAGUCAAUGGGAGCGAGCUAACUUAACACUGGCUAGCUUUCAAGUGGAAACCUAGCUAUGCUAACUCUGACAAAAUAGCUAAUGUAUUCGGGUAAAGUGUCAGAAAAGCAGGCUUUUUCUUAUAAUAGUAGGACUAUACUUAAGUGCAUGGGAAGCAGACGACGUUUGCUGCGGCUGGUCGAAAACGCUUCAAGUCAGCAAGCUGUCUGUGCGAGAGCAGAGGUGGCCAUGUCAGAGGAUACACUUGUCAGAACUUGUUGAGGUUACGACAGAAAGCUUCACUAGCUUUGCUCCGACCCCCAGCCUCAGUACAGGAACACACAUUAGGGAGUUACAAUACACAUCUUUUGGGACUAAGAAGGGAGCAGAAGAUACGUGGCGACAGACAAGGUUGCUGGUAAGCUGAGUUCUACUCUCUCAUGGGUGAAGAACUCGGUGUCCCACACGGUCAGUCAGAUGGCUAGCCAGGUGGCCACGCCCACGUCCCUGCAGACCACUACCACCUCCUCCUCUACGUCUCUGUCCUCGCCUGCCCUCUCGCCGUCCUCGCCUGCGCAGCUCAGUCCCGACGAUGUGGAGCUGCUUGCCAAGCUUGAGGAGCAGAACAGCUCCGCGUCAGAGCUGAAUACAAGCGAAGAAGCUCUGUUGCAGGCUGGUCUUUCUGGUCGUCCAUUUCACUCCCUCCCACACGACCCAAAUUUGGCUGCAACCCUAGCCAUUCUGGGAGCACCCUGGGUGAUGUCACAGGCUCCAAUGGAGAGGCCCCGGCCUUUUUCCGAGAUCAGGCUGCUGGAGACAGACAGCAAGUCGCUACGCUCAAUGAAUGGCUCCAGGCGAAACAGUGGCUCCUCCCUGGUGUCCAGCUCCUCCGCCUCCUCCAACCUCUCCCACCUGGAGGAAGACUCGUGGAUCCUGUGGGGACGAAUCGUCAAUGAGUGGGAGGACGUGCGCAAGAAAAAGGAGAAGCAGCUUAAGGAUCUUGUCAGAAAAGGGGUUCCCCACCACUUUCGGGCAAUAGUAUGGCAGCUGUUGUGCAAUGCCCAGAAUAUGCCCAUCAAGGAUCAAUACUCCGAACUACUGAAGAUGACGUCACCCUGCGAGAAGCUGAUUCGCAGAGACAUCGCCCGCACUUAUCCUGAACAUGAAUUCUUCAAAGAGAAAGACAGUUUGGGCCAGGAAGUGCUCUUCAACGUCAUGAAGGCAUAUUCUCUGGUUGACCGUGAAGUUGGCUACUGUCAAGGGAGUGCUUUCAUUGUAGGACUGCUACUCAUGCAGAUGCCAGAAGAGGAGGCUUUCUGUGUGUUUGUCAAGUUGAUGCAAGACUACAGAUUACGAGAGCUCUUCAAACCCAGUAUGGCUGAGCUGGGACUCUGCAUGUACCAGUUUGAGUGUAUGAUCCAGGAGCAACUCCCGGAGCUGCAUAUACAUUUCCAGGCUCAGAGCUUUCACACUUCCAUGUACGCCUCCUCCUGGUUCCUCACCAUCUUCCUCACCUCCUUCCCUCUGCCCGUUGCCACAAGGAUCUUCGACAUCUUCAUGUGUGAGGGUCUGGAGAUAGUCUUUCGUGUGGGACUGGCCAUUCUUCAGAUGAACCAGACUGAACUAAUCCAGCUUGACAUGGAGGGAAUGUUACAGCACUUUCAGAGGGUCAUCCCACACCAGCUCGACAGUGGACCAGAUAAGGUCAUCCAGGCUGCUUAUCAAGUUAAAUACAACGCCAAGAAGAUGAAAAAGUUAGAGAAAGAAUACACUACAAUCAAAACUAAAGAGAUGGAGGAGCAGGUGGAGAUAAAGAGGCUGCGGACAGAGAACAGGCUCCUGAAGCAGAGGAUAGACACACUAGAGAAAGAAAGUGCUUCCUUGGCAGAUAGAUUGAUCCAGGGACAAGUGACCCGAGCUCAGGAGGCAGAGGAGAACUACCUGGUCAAGCGGGAGUUGGCCACAGUCAAACAGCAGAGCGAGGAGGCCAUUGCUGAGCUGGAGCAGGCCAAGAAAACCAUCAGGCAGCUCCAGCAACAGCAGCCACAGCAGCAGCCACACGCGAAGGGAGCCCCACGGUACUCUGAGGAGUCUGUCCUGCAGCUGGAGAGAGAGCUGGUGCAGGCCCGGCUGAAGGAGGCAGAGUCUCAGUGUGCCCUCAAGGAGAUGCAAGACAAGAUCCUGGAUAUGGAGAAGAGGAACACAUCUCUACCGGAUGACACAAAUGUGGCGCGUCUUCAAGAGGAGCUGAUAGGGGUGAAGCUGAGAGAGGCGGAGGCUCUGACUGGCCUGAAAGAACUGAGGCAGCAAGUCAGAGACCUGGAAGAGCACUGGCAGCGCCACUUGGCACGCACCGCUGGUCGCUGGAAAGACAGCCCCAGGAAGAACACCGUGAGCGAGCUGCAGGACGAGCUGAUGAGUGUGAGGCUGCGUGAGGCCGAGGUCCAGGCAGAGCUGCGCGAGACGCGACAGAGGAUGCUGGAGAUGGAGACACAGAAUCAGAUUCACAGUAACCAGCUGCGACGGGCCGAGCAGGAGAGUCGCUGUCUGCAGGAGUGUGUGCAAACACUGACGGUGCAAAAUAAAGACCUGCAUGUGCAACUCCAAGAGAUCAAGCGGAGACAAGCUGAGAUUGAAUGCAAGAGUAAGGAAGAGGUGAUGGCAGUGAGACUGCGGGAAGCUGACAACAUUGCUGCUAUGGCUGAACUCCAGCAACAGAUCUCAGAGCUUGAGAUUCAGAAAGAAGAAGGAAAGGUCCAAGGCCAGCUGAACCACACAGACUCGAGCCAGUACAUCCGCGACCUCAAAGACCAGAUAGGAGAGCUAAAACAUGAGAUUUGCUGCUUAAAAGGACAGAGGGGCUUGGCCAAUCAGCCCACUUUUGAUGGGAUCCACAUUGUCAAUCACUAUGUGGGGGAUGAUGGCUCUUACCAGUCUUCAGAUGAAGAUGGAGUCAAGGACCCCACCCUCCAGGACUCCCAGCAUAGGAGCCGGGGCCGUAUCAGACUGCGCCCCAACCUCCAGGACACCGACAGCGAGGAGGAGGAGGACGAGGAUGCCCUGCGACUCUCUGUACCUCAGAGCGGCAGCCACAAGUCCACCACCGUGUGACCAGCAGCCGCCAGAGUUGGGACAGAGGCCGUCAGCACCCGCUGAGGAAGAGGAGGUGUUUUCAGAAGUCUGUAUCUAGAGUUCUGAAUCUCCGAAAGGAAAUGCAUCAUCAUUUCAUAUCAUGAGAAUCACACUUAAAGAUUUAGUUGAUCUAGAUUGUUUGUAGUUUUUGUUUUCUUCCUGAGGGCAGCCAUCACUCGUCUGUCUGAGCACCACUGGCAGAAGCAGAGCAUUAAAUAAAGUGGAGCGUAUCAAACUCUACUGGGCCACAAUGACCGG